AUGGAGGCAAAGCACAAAGCCGUCGAGGUGCCGAGUAAACAUCAGUCUUCUCGCCCCACAAGAAUCCUAAUCUGGGUCAUCCUACCGGCCAUCUUUGUCGCUCUCGGUAUCGCAUCGCCCCCGACGGCGCUGCUUUCCUUGACGGAUAUCGAGACCUUCGUUUGGACGUAUGUGCUUGUCGGUACCGUUGGCGUUUUCGCUGUCAUUGUUGUCCAAUCCCUCUUAUUCUACCUAUCCAACUAUGCGCUGUUCCCGUCCUCGGCGCGUACCUUUCUUGCUGAAUUCGCAAGGGGUGAAGGUGAAGUCUCUGGCCUAGAUGCCGAGACAUCAGCUAUGAGAAGACGGAUAGCCGGUAGUUGGCAGUAUUGGACUUUCAUGUUCUUGUUCGCGUACCUUGCCGCUCUAGGUUUCAGUACCUUCGAGGACAUCGGGUUCAUCUAUGCUGCCGUGCAGGAGAAUAAGGGCGUUGCGCAUCUUGCGCUGGCUAUUGUUGAACGCGUACUUAUCGGUUCGCCCAUGCAUCUGAUAAGCGGCCUACUCAUCGGUCUAGGCACCGCCGGCCGGGACUUCCGCGGGAAGAGCUCAAGUCUAGCACAUAUUAUAGAUCUUCCCGCCCUCAUCCACGGGGCCUGGGACUUCUCCCUAUUUAGCACCAGUGCCUUAAACGGGAAUGUUGGAUGGAUCCACCCAUACGGGAAGUCGUUACUGGCUGUUGUCGUUAUUUAUGUUAUCGUCGAAGGUACACUGCUUUUCGUCGUCCAGAGACAAUUUACUAGUUGGAACUCUCACGAGAGUAAAACGAAGUAA